UAAAAAGAACUUCAUGACUGCACAUUGUUGAAUAAGGCAUUGAGUUCAGGUAGACGAAUAUUACUACGGCCUCCGGAUCUUUCCGGGUCAAGACCCGAGCCUGGUAUGGGUUGGAUGGGUAACAACUCAGUACCAUUUUUACUCUACAUCAUUUGAACGUGGUCGGGUUGAGCGUCGAUGUGUUUACGCCGAGACUAUGGGCAUGAACCAAGACAGCGUUGAAUACCGUAACUGCUACAUGAUGAACGCUGCAGAUUUGCUGUCGCACGUGCCCGACGUAGCAACAAACACCAAGGUCUCUGGAACCCUCAUUGGAUGUAUCGUCGACACAUCUGUUGGAGAGCUAUCGUUUCAAGUUGCUGGACAGGAUACUGGAGUGAGGUUCAAGCUCGAACCGGGUGCAAUGCUGUUCCCGGCAGCAUUCUUCACUCCAACGACUGUGGAAAUUCUACAGUUUGAGCUCGGACGGGUCAAGUACACGUUCCCGAUUUCGGCGGCGAUGUUCAAGUCCUGUCAGAAGUCGUUGGUGCCUUUCUGUCCGCCUCGUCUCACAGUUCAGUGUCUACAACCGGUCUACUGGGCUCGUGUACCGAACGAAACCCUCCGAACGACAGCCUUAAAGCUUAGUGACAUUAGAGGUUGGUCUGUUCUUUGCGACGACCCCGUUCGUAUCAUGGCUGUAUACGUACCGGAGAAAGAUGAAUCUUUCGACAUUCUGGAAAUCAUCGAAAAACCAAUUUUCCUGGACUUCCACCGACAGACUCUGAAUCUCUACUGCAAGCUGACAAGCCAUGGCAACCAAAAGUCAAUGAGCAAGGAAUAUGUCAUUCCAUUGUGUGAACAACUACAAAAUCAGAAUGUGUUCGAUCCAGACACGGAAACUCGGUGA